CUGAAUGAGAGGUAGAAAAAGGUGGUUAGUUUCUUCACUCCCCUCAAUCACACACAGUUCACUUCACUCUGCGAGAUUCGGUAAUUAGGGUUUCGAAAUUCCCGCCAAACCCCUCUCUCUCUCUCGCGCGCGCACUCUCUCUGUCACUGCAAUGGCGGUAGAGGAGGAGAAACCGGAGGUCGUAACCACGCCCACGGCGGCGUCAAAACCCAACGGCGGCGAGAAUUCUGCAAGGAAGCAAGUGUUGAAUGUUGGCCCAAGAGAUCGCAUUGUGUCUGUCGCCUCCAACUUGGCUUCGCAACCACUUCACAACUCCGAUCCUGGCGUUUGGGGUGUCCUCACCGCCAUCUCCAACAAUGCCCGCAAAAGGCAACAGGGAAUUAAUAUUUUAUUAACUGCUGAUGAGCACUGCAUUGGGCGAUUGGUCGAGGAUGCGCGUUUCCAGAUUGAUUCAUUUUCUGUUAGUGGAAACCAUUGCAGAAUAUCGAGGACAAUUGUUACUAACGAAAAUAAGGAGAACAGCACAUCAAUAUUAUUGAAAGAUACAAGCACAAAUGGAACUUACCUGAACUGGGAGAAGUUGACAAAGAAUGCUCCUGCUGUCAAAGUUUGUCAUGGUGAUAUUAUAUCGUUUGCUGCGCCUCCUCAGCAUGAGCAUGCAUUUGCUUUUGUAUAUCGAGAGGUACUUUUGUCCACCUCUACGCAGGACAAUGCAGCUGCAAAACGAAAAGCAGAGGAUUUUGUUUCUGAAAACAAGAGAUUUAAAGGCUUAGGCAUUGGCGCUCCUGAGGGUCCCAUAUCUCUUGAUGAUUUUCGAAGUCUUCAGAGAUCAAACACGCAAUUAAGGAAGCAAGUGGAGGAUCAGGUUAUAUUAAUUGAUACUCUUCGGACUGACAACCGUGCAGUUGUUGAGCGUCAUGAAAGUGAAUUAAAUUCUGUCAAAGAGUCGGUUGCAAAAUGUUACCUUGACCAAAUAAAAGAAUUACAACAAAUGGUGGAUCUCAAACAGAAAGAACUAGAAGAUAUCAACAGGGCAUCUGCUGAAUUAAAACAUUCCCUGGAAGAUCUGAAUGGAAGGCUUAGUGCUUCUAUGCAGUCAUGUGCUGAAGCAAAUGUUUUAAUAAGCAGUCAAAUGGCAAAUAUAGCUGAACUCAAGGAACAAUUAGAUGAAGAGCGAACUCAGCGCAAAGAAGAGCGAGAAAAGGCUGCAGCUGAUCUAAAAGCUGCUGUUAAUAAAGCCCAGUCUGAGGCUCAGGAAGAAUUAAAAAAACUCUCAGAUACUUCCUUGAGAAGAGAAAGAGAGCUACAAGAAGCAAUAAAUAAGCUACAGGAGUCAGAGAGAGAAAAGUGUUCACUGGUCGAAACCUUGAGGCCCAAGCUGGAGGAUACUAGGCAAAAGUUAGUGGUCUCUGAUAACAAGGUUCGGCAGUUGGAAGCCCAAGUACAUCAAGAGAAGCUUAACACUGAAAAUGGAAUGAAGAAAGUAGAAGAACUUGAACAGGAAACAAGAAGAUUAAGAAAAGAGCUUGAGAGCGAAAAGCAGGCAGCUCGUGAUGAAGCAUGGGCUAAAGUUUCAGUUCUUGAGCUUGAGAUAAAUGCUGCAAUGCGAGAUCUUGAUUUUGAGAGGCAGAGGUUAAAAGGAGCCAGGGAAAAACUUAUGCUUCGGGAAACACAGUUAAGGGCAUUUUAUUCUACAACUGAAGAGAUACAAGGACUGUUUGCUAAGCAACAGGAACAAUUGAAGGCUAUGCAGAGAACUCUAGAAGAUGACGAAAACUAUGAGAAUACUUCUAUAGAUAUGGAUGGAGUUAUAGGUGGAACCUCAGGCAGAGAAAAAGAAGUUGCAGGGUACCAUAGCAAAAAUGUUGCCAAGGCAGGAUCAGCUACUGCACAGAAGCUCAGCCGAGAUCAAGUUGAAACAUCGAGCCAUGAAGCAAGUAUCACCGAGAAGCAUGACUGUGAUAUAAGAAGUCAAGAAUGCCAAAACACACAGGAGGCUGAAUUCACCAGUGCUGACCACGACCAUGGUACUAGAGGUGGAUGUGGUUCCGAUACUGAUUGUGUUGACACAACAGCUUUGGUGGAGGGAGACGCCGUUGGCACUGAACGGGUUCUUGAAACUGAAAGUCCUACAAAUUACGGUGAACGGAAUUUUGAUUUGAACGGUGGUCCUCUAGAUGGGGACACUAUGCAACUUGAGGAUGAAAUCAAUGUACAAGAAACCGAGAAGCAUGUUCAAAUGCCUUGUCCUGAAGUUUCACAACAUUCUCAAUCAAAUAUUCAUGUAGACACUGAAAAGACCAUUGAGGAUACAGAAGCUGGAGGCACAAUCAGAACAGCAGACCUUAUAACUUCUGAAGUUGUUGGUAGCUGGGCUUGCAGUACAGCCCCUUCUGUGCAUGGAGAAAAUGAGUCUCCGAACAAAGACAAUAACGAAGGUUCCGGGGCAUUACAUGAUUCAAAUAUCCUGGUGGCCGAGAGCCAGAACACUCCUGAUGCUGCCGCUGCUGCCCGAAGGGAUGAACGACAAGCACUGAGUGAGAUGAUUGGCAUUGUUGCGCCUGAUUUGAGGGAGCAAUUUGGAGGUUCUGCAUAUGAUCGUGAUCAAGACCGAAAAGACCAGAGUGAUUCAUCUAACUCAGAUACUGAAAGCUGUAGCAACACUGAUGGUGAUGACAGAGCUAAUGUAAAGGUUGGAUCAAUAUCUGAUGAAGAAACUCAGGUCAGCGACAAUGUCGAGGAGGAUCAAAAGCAGGAUGAUGCCAUGGAAGAAGAUGAUGAAGACACUCAAGAAGAUUCAUAUUCUUAGACAAAUGGGGGUGUUUUACAAAUAAAUUUUGGCAUGUAAGUUGUGAAUACUAUAGUAGUCUCCUGUAAUUUAUCUUGCUUUCCUCACCCUCUGUAAUUAUAUUUAAUGCAUUUCGUUGUAAAUUUUAUUAUUUAUAUGGGUUUUCCUGCCA